ACUUAAUUUUUUAUUUUAAACGUUUCAAUGAUGACGUGCUUUUUAACAUUCAGCCAUGAAUAGUCAGCAAACAGAUUAGGGCGCCCAAUUUGAAUGUGUUAGCAGCUAGCAGCUAACUUGUUGCCUGUGCGCCAAACUCACAUCUGAGUUUAUUCCUCUGUGUUUUUGCCCUCCCUAAGUGGUUCUGGCGCCGAAGGAGCAGUUCCAGUAGUGCAGGAUGAGGACAGGGACUUUGAUCCAUCAGCAGACAUGCUUGUACAUGACUUUGAUGAUGAGCAGACUCUGGAAGAAGAGGAAAAGCUGGAGGGAGAGACAAACUUCAACACCGAAAUUGAUGACCUAACUCGAGAGGGUGAGAUGCCCAUCGAGGAACUUCUGAAAUUAUAUGGCUACAGCACUGGUGGGUCUCCAGAGGAAGAGGAUGGAGAUGUUCAAGAGGAGGAUUCUUCAGAUAAUACUUGCAGCAGCCAUAGUAAACUCAAAGAGGAGGAAAGGCGGGAGCUUUCUGAUCAGGAUGAUGAGGAUGUGCAGUCGUCCAGUGAUGAGCCUCCGUCCAGCAGUGUCUCUCACAGCACAGCUCAACUUAUCUGCCCUCGGCCAUCCAAUUACUUUGAAGGGGAUGUAGAAGAAUCUGAAGACGAUGAUUAUAUUCCAUCUGAAGACUGGAAAAAGGAGAUCAUGGUUGGUUCAAUGUAUCAAGCAGAGACUCCUGUUGGCCUGUGUAAAUAUAAGGACAAUGAAAAAGUUUAUGAGAAUGAUGAUCAGCUUUUGUGGAAUCCAGAGUUACUUCCAGAGGAAAAGGUUGUAGAGUUUUUAGCCGAGGCCUCUAAACGCAGUGGAGAAGAGGCUGGUGUCCAUGCCAUUCCUGAAGGAUCUCACGUCAAAGACAAUGAACAGGCUCUUUAUGAAUUGUUUAAAUGCAACUUUGAUGCAGAAGAAGCUUUAAGAAGAUUAAAAUUUAAUGUGAAAUCUGCCAAAGAGGAAAUGUCAGUUUGGACGGAAGAGGAGUGUCGAGGUUUUGAACAAGGACUCAAAGCUUACGGGAAAGAUUUUAGCUCAGUACAAGCAAAUAAGGUGAGAACUAGAUCUGUAGGAGAAUGUGUGGCCUUUUAUUACAUGUGGAAGAAAUCUGAGCGUUAUGAUUUCUUUGCACAGCAAACCAAGCUUGGAAAAAGAAAAUACAGCCUUCGUCCUGGUGUCUUGGAUUAUAUGGAGCGUAUUUUGGAUGAGAGGGAGAGCUCAGAGUCCAGUGGAUCUUCGUUUCAACCUCCCACCACUUCAAACAACAGCAAACACCCAUCAGAGCCAGAGAGUGACUCGGACGCUCAGAACGGUGUAGGGAACCAUUCCUCCGAGGACCUUCUCUGCAUCAGAGAUGAGACAUCUCAGACAAACGGCUCUGCCAUGUGUCCAGAUAUUUCCAUAGCAAACACACCACCCGACUCCAUCCCAGACACCAGCAGCCCGAGCACACAAGUCAUGGAGAUCACAGUCAAACAGGAGGAAGAUGAACACUCUGAACGACCUCUGAAAAGGCUUAGGACUGACACAGACCCUAACAUUGAAGGCUCUGUCCCCCAUAAUGAAACAGAAAUCAUCUGACUCACCAGCAAAAGCCCAGAAAAAAGACUGAACUCCUAACCUCAGAUGAGGGCUUGAUGCAGGGCGAUACAAUCUGUUUUAGCAUGAAGGUAGCUGAGGUGUGUGUGUGUGUGUGUGUGUGUGUGUGUGUGUGUGUGUGUGUGUGUGAGUGAGUGAAUUUCAGGGAUGCAAAUGAAGCACAUUUAUGUCCUCUUCUUACUGCCGCUGAGCUCAGUUCAUAUCUUAAACACUCAUGGUAGACUGUCAUAUCAGACCGCCACUCUACCACUGUCAAUGCUGUAGAACUAUUUAUUUAUAUAGAUUAUCAAUGUUAUCAUGCUUGCGCUAGGUUGUUCGAAAGAAAUAUCUGACAGCUGACUGUAUUUUUAUUGUGAAACUUGUCAUUUGGUCUGCGUAUCAUAUCACACUCCGCAUUUAAUCGAGCCCUGGUUUUAUAUGAAGUAUAACACUGUAAAUAUUCAAAAUCUAAAAUUAUUGUUAUAAAAUACACAUUUUGUAUUUGGGACCUUUUGAAUAAUUCAACACUGUAACAUUCCAUUCUUUUCAUUUCUGAAUUUCCUAUUUGACCAAAGUGAAAGGUUGACAUUGGUCUUUUAACAAAGCAUUUUCAGAUGUUUCCUCUUUAUAUGAAAUAGUCUUAUUUUUGUAUUUGAUAGCUAUUUAUUUUUUUUAAUCAGAUAUUAGUGAUGCAUGAGGCCAGUAUACGGAGUAUAUUUGUAUAGGCUGGAGCGAGUAGUGUUGAAUCAAAAGGCAGAGCAGAAAUGAAUGGUGCUAUUUAUUCAUUUUCUCACUGUGAGAAUGUCAACCCAUUCUUAAGAUAACAUUUUUACGUUUUUCUACGGCCUUUGUUAGUCUUGUCAGCAGUGGUAAAGGAAAGCGGAAUCUACAGUUUUCAUAAAUUGGUUGUCAUCCAUGUCUGCAUAGCUCAGGAAACUAAGUACAGAAACAUUAUAGGGUGUGUCAAAUAGCUGUCAGUUUCAAUUAGUGAACCACUCAUUCAUUAAACUCAGACUAUUUACUCAAA